UCAAUAAAUCAAAAUCUGUGUUAUUGAACCAAAAUAAUUAAUUUAAACCCUGUAAAAUAGAAAAAAACAUGUGCCAAUGAAAUGGAUACAGAAGCAAUAACUUUAUCUGAUAAAAUGUGUAGAACUUGUUUAAAAGAACAAGCCGGAAAGAAUAUAUUUGACCUACAUAAACCUUCUUCAAGAGAUUAUGCCUCAAUUUUAAAAUCUUGUGUUAGUUUAGAGGUUAAUAAAGAAGAUGAUCUGCCAAAAAAUAUAUGUACAAAGUGUUUAAAAAUUCUCCUGGGAUUUCACAAAUUCAAAGUAACUGCAGUUGAAAGUGAAUAUAAGUUAAAAAGGGCUUUAGAGAAUAAAUUUAGGGAGGAAGCAAAUCAACCAACUGUUUUUACAAUACAGUCCAUACAAGAAGUUAAAAUAGUUGAUGGGGAAAUUGAACAGAUCGAAAAUGAUGUGAUGCCACCUCUCGCCCAAACCUUUGAAGUUGUAUCAGCAGUCCUUAUAAACAACAAUCCCAAAUCAGUACCUGAUCCCCAACAAGCACCAGACAAUGAACCUGAUGAGACUAUCAGUACUGAUGACCUUACUUUUGUAACAGAUUCAGAUUCAUCAGAUUCUGAUAGAGAAAAUUCCAAGUCUGAUGUAGAGGAUACUUUCACAAUAAAACCCGGUGUUAAGUGUCCUGAAUGCGGAAAGAUAUUAAGCUCUAAAAGAAAUCUAAAUCAACAUUUAGCAGUACAUACCAAAAAGAAACCAUAUAGUUGCAAUAUAUGUGAUAAAAAGUUUACUAGAGCAGAACAUGUACUGAUACAUAAGAGGAUACACACAGGAGAGCGUCCACACAAAUGUCUCAUCUGUAAGAAGACAUUUAUCCAGUAUGCUACAUUGAAAGCCCAUUUAGGAACCCACAGCAACGAAAAACCACACAUGUGCACUGUCUGUGGUAAAUCUUUUAAACAAGCAGCAUCCUUAUCAACACAUAGUAGAAUACAUACUGGAGAAAUUCCGUAUGUGUGUGAGAUGUGUGGAAAAGGAUUCAGAACUGCAGGAUCACUGAGUAUACACAAGAGGUUUCAUAAUAAGGAACGACCUUUCAUCUGCAUCCAAUGCAACAAAACAUUCGUGACUAGUUCUCAUCUGCGAGUUCACGACAAAUCUCAUACCGGAGAAAAACCACACAAGUGUAUCAUUUGCUACAAAGCAUUUACGAGGAGUGAGCAUCUGAAGUCCCAUUUGGUAAUUCAUAGCGGUAGGAAACCUUAUCAAUGCAAGCUAUGCCCAAAAAAGUAUACUCAAAGUAGUCACCUGAGAAGACACGCCAAAGCAGUACAUGAAAACAAAGAGGCCAUAGAAAUAUAUGAGAACAAAGAGACCAUAGAAGUAUAUGACAACGAGACCAUAGAAGUACCCAAGAAAGAAGAACAUAUGUUCAUUUAUGAUUGA